UUGAUAUAGCAUCUUUUUCAGCACAGGUCCACGAUUCAUAUCAUCCACACAACUGGGUAGGUUUUCGCGUCUCUUCUCUCGCCUAGCGGAGCUGAUGCCAUUUGAUGUUGGCAACACAGCUUCAUAAGCAGCGUCGUGGAUAAUUGUUAAGUGCGCUGAGGAGUUUGAAUUUGGAAGCAUAAUCAAAAUCAUUUCGUCAGGCUUCUCAGCGGAUUACUUAAAAUGGACAGAGCUCUUCGUGUAUUGAUGUUUCCAUGGCUGGCGCAGGGCCACAUUUCCCCUUUUCUGGAGUUAUCAAAGAGACUUGCGGAUCACGGAUUGAAGGUCUCCUUUCUCUCCACACCGGGCAAUAUUUCAAAGAUAAAGUCCUCGCUACAAGAAAAGUGGGUCGGCAAGAUCGAUAUGGAGGAACUGCCUCUGCCCUCCGUGGAAGGUCUCCCUCCUACUGAGGACAACACGGCCGAUAUUACCAUGGAAAUGGCAGAUCUGUUGAAGAUAGCUCUUGAUGGCCUGCAAAAACCCUUUGAGGACCUUCUGCGGCGGAUUCAACCGGACUAUAUAAUCCAUGAUUUUUCACAGCAUUGGACUGCCAUGAUAGCCGCCAAGUUUGGUAUCCCGGCGAUUUAUUUCAGGAUCGCUGGUGCCGCGACCGCUGGUGUCAUAGCUUUCAAACGAUUUGAAGCGAGCUCAAUCUUACCCGCGUAUAAUGGCCACGGUGGAGAAGAUGUCACAGUUAUGGGUCGGUUUUUUAAAUCUGUGGAAGCGUGUAAGCUUAUGCUCGUAAGAUCAUGCUUUGAAUUGGAGAGCAAGUAUGUUCAUUAUCUGGAGACGGAGCACAACAAGCGUGUCAUUCCUGUUGGUCUUCUUCUACCGGAGACUUUCCCGGCGAGCGAUCAGAACGAGUGUCUGAGAUGGCUGGACAAUUAUCCUCCCAGUUCUGUUGUUUACGUGUCGUUUGGGAGCGAGUGUUUUCUGUCAAAGGAAUUACUACCUCAUACAUGGCUGCACACAUGCAUUUAUAGAAUCAUAUUUAGUUGGGAAACAAAGAGUUGGGAAAAUCCGAAACAUCUUGUGACCGUUGGGCUUCACAUUCCCAACAAGGAACAGGUUGCUGAGCUGGCAAAGGGGCUGGAGGAGAGCCAUGUCCCAUUUCUGUGGGUUCUGCGCUCCCCUCGCUACAACGACGAUUCCACGUCAUCAGCAGAAGAGAGAGCGAGGGCUUUGCUGCCCGAGGGGUUUGAGGAACGCACGAGGGAAAGGGGUGUGGUGUAUUGCAAGUGGGCUCCGCAGCAGCAGAUUCUUUGCCAUUCUUCGACUGGAGGGUUUGUGAGUCACUGCGGGUGGAGCUCUGUGUUGGAAGCUGUGAAGUUCGGGGUGAAGAUAAUAGCGCUGCCGAUGCAUAUUAUUCAGGGACUCGAUGGCCGGCUCGUGGCAGAGGAGCUCUGCAUUGGCAUGGAGAUUGGUAGGGAAGAAGAUGGGAGUUUUAGAGCGGAAGAAAUCAGGAGGUGUGUGAGAUAUGUUAUGGUGGGAGAAGAGGGACGACGUGUGGCGGAGAAUAUGGAUAAGGUAAGAGAGAAGUUGUUUGGGGAGGAGGAAAUCCAAGAGAAGUAUAUACGAGAGUUAAUUAAGCACCUUGUCUAGCUGUGACGCACUUCCAAUCUCUCCUUGUUUAGUACCAGUCAUGUUCAAUAAAAGUCUGCUCACUGUGUACUAUGAAGCAGAAAAUUGAAUUGAUUUGAUAAGACCUCAGUCAGUAUAUACAAUUAGAUGGGCUUUGGGACAGGGAGGUUUCAAUUUACUUAUGUUUAAAUUUUACUAUGAGAGUAAUUAUGAUAGUUUCGGAUUUAGUUUUA